UUGGAGUAGCUUAUUUGUUAGGUUUCUUUUGUAACCUUUUGCUUUCCGAUUGUCGGAGCUUUUAAGAAUUUCAAUGGUGCAGCGCUUUUCCGGCCAUUGCAUUUCUUCGGAUUUAAAAAGAAACAGGAACGUGCAGUGCCAUUUCAAUCGGGAAACAGAUGGAGUUUUUCUUUCACAAUUGGCUUUUUAAAAUUAAAAACAUAAAAUUCUCCAAAUGACCCCUUUACAAUCUAAAUUUAAAUUGUCCGUUUGUUGCUUUUAAACACUUCCACUUUUGGUAUUCUAAUAUUUAAAAGGUUUAAAAAGAAACAAACAGUACGGUCCAUUUUUUUGCCAACCAAAUAGGAAGUAGGACGAACCUCGAGCGCUCUCCAUACGGGAAAUGUGAAAAAAGCUGCAUGGCAAUAUUGAGUAAGAAGAAAAAUGUAGGAACGAAAAAGCUGGCCGUUUCGAAAAAGGCUUCAAAAUCGGAAGAUGUGAAAGAAAGUUGAUGGAGUAAAAACGGUUUGAAGGCUGCAUGUCUUGAAAUUCCCCGAAGCCUUCCGGCCUCAGAGAGGGUGGGAAGCCAUAUGAACCAAAAAAUUAAAAAAAAAAUUAUAUAUACUUUAUAUAAAUAUACAAAAACAUUAGAAAUUUUAGAGUAAUAAUUUCCUACCAUUUACACCUCAGAAACAGAAAAGAAGCAACUGAAUGGCAAAACCUAAAAAAAAUGCCACUAAGAAAAGUGCAAACGCAAAUAAGAAAGUCAAAACACCGGUCCCAAAAACGGAAAAUGUGAAAUUCAGAACAUUGGCUCAGUGGUGGCAUCAUUUUAACAAUGACAACAUAACAAUAUUACCAGGUGGCUUUCCCAAAGUUCAUCACUCAGUUAAGUCUAGGAAGCGUUCGUUUGAUGAGGCGGGUUAUCGGCUCAUCGUACGCCCUCAAUUCCAAGUUUACAAGAUACAACAUCCAGAUGACGUUUUGAACAGCACUAAGAAGAAAGACUUACAGUCAAAGAAGUCUGUGAAAAAUUAUCCCAUUCACCCCAACAACCACAACGACCACACAGAUUUUUUUAAGCACCACCUUUCCACCGGGGAGCAGCUAAAACAGUAUAGAGAAAUGAAUGCUUACUCAAGAACAAGACUGGGGAAAGUCAAUAAAAAGCAACUUCACAAGGCUGCAAUGAUGAUAUUCCGCGUACGGAUGGAAUCCGAAGGUAGAAAGCCUCCACCGACUGCGGUCACCGUCGUCAAGUUGCAGGAAGAAGAGCCUAAACCGAAACCUAGUGUGAUCAGCAUUCCGAAAGUAAAGAGUAAAGUGAAAGCUCCGGUGAAGAAAUUGGCGCUCACCAAAUUCACAAAGCCGACAGCACGUAUGUCUCGAGAUGUCAUCUUUAACAAGAAGAAGGAUUCUGUGAUGGUGGACGGUUUCAGGACGCCCAAGGCCGAAUCUUCGGAGAACGAUAAACGUUCGAUAUCCAAGUCUGAAAAAGAAAGCACGGAGACGGGCGAUACUAAAACCUCGAUGAGAGAUUCCGACACAGACACGAGUAAAUCGGUGAACCAGCGGACUUCGAACGUGAGCAGCAACGUGAGCAGGACCAGCGCUUCGAGCAUACUAAGCACGCCGAAGAGGCCGUCCAGGAACCUUUCCGCGGUCUCUCGCCUGCAAAAGAAAACAGUCAUCCGGCCUGUAUCCAACAAACAGGAAAUCAAUAAAUGCACCGUUAACUUUCCCGAGGGGGAAAACAGUAAAAACGAAAAACAAAAAAAGGGGUUGAAAUUCAGCACUUUUGGACUGUUACCGUCUAGGCCGUCGUUUGCCCAGUCGCUUCUCCGAGGUGAGCCGUCGAAAAGAUCUCUCAUCAUCGGAAAUCUUCCUUCUCGAACAACUAUCGCCGAUAGUUUCAAACAGCAGAUCAUCGACAAGAAGCUGAAGGACUCUUUGGAAAACGAGAAUUUUCUCAUUGUCCGGCCCGUCCAGGAGAGGACCUUCGGGAGCCAAGUGAGGCCGGGUCUCUUUCGGUUGGCAGAAGGCGACGAAUUGAGAAUCGAUUCGACUCGACUCUUGGAAAAGCACGGCUUGCCCAAGCUCGAGCCCAAGUUCAAAUACAGCGAAAAGUAUCCGGCAAAAGCCAACUAUUCCAAGUUUGUCACUCGGAAAAGGUCGAAGCAGUGUUUAUUGAAAAGGGAAACGAAAAGCGAACUGUCAAGAGCGAGAAGUAAACACUUUCUGAGAUUCGGGAAAAGUAUUUCGGCCAAAAGUAAGUUAGAGAAAGGCGAUAAAGGUCAGCUGGAGAACAUAGAGGCUGCACUGAACGAGGCAAGGCAAAAGAACAAUCUCGACCAAAAGAGGGAAAAUCUCCUCUCGAAAAUCGAAGACCAAGCAAAGAAAGGUAAAAACAACAGGGCAUUGAACGAAUAUCUCACCGAAAAGUCUUCAAAGCUCAACGAGGAAAUCAACGAAAUAACGAAAAGGAUAAACGUGAAGACUAAAGGAGUAGACCUUUCUGAGCUAUCGAGGAGAAUACUAGAAAAGUACAGUUGAACGCUAUUUGCUAAGGGGAAUUGUGCUGCUUUAUAAUAAGGUUAAAUUUGUCCGAUAAUUGUAAUUGGUGGAACUGAACGUUUUACGUUUGUAAAAAAUGCGCGUGGUCCUAAAUAAGCCUGUCUGGACGGGAAACGAACUGGAAAUGAAGACGAUAGGCGGCACACCAAUUGAAAAUAACCUUAGAGAAGAAUGAGGUAAACUAAGUCAGACAUACUUUUCAAAACGAAAUUGAAAUAAAAACUAAUUUAUGAAAA